GUGAGUUCUUGGGCCCAGGAAUCUAGGUAUCUGGGGCCAGCCCUCUCCCUGAGGCUCCCCAAUUCAAAGUUAACCCAUAGACAAGGAAUAUGUGGGCUUUGCUGCCCUACCCAACCAGCUGCAUCGCAAGUCUGUCAAGAAGGGCUUUGACUUCACACUCAUGGUGGCAGGGGAGUCAGGCCUGGGGAAAUCAACUCUCAUCAACAGCUUGUUCCUCACCAACCUCUAUGAGGAUCGGCAGGUGCCAGAUGCCAGUGCUCGCACCGCACAAACUCUGACCAUUGAGCGCAGGGGUGUGGAGAUCGAGGAGGGAGGUAUCAAGGUGAAGUUGACCUUGGUGGACACUCCUGGCUUCGGGGACUCUGUGGACUGCUCAGAUUGCUGGCUGCCUGUGGUUCGCUUCAUUGAGGAGCAGUUUGAGCAAUACCUCAGGGAUGAGAGUGGCUUGAACAGGAAGAACAUCCAGGAUUCUAGAGUCCACUGCUGCCUCUACUUCAUCUCACCCUUUGGCCGAGGGCUCCGGCCCCUAGAUGUGGCUUUCCUCCGGGCAGUGCAUGAGAAAGUCAACAUCAUCCCGGUCAUCGGCAAAGCAGAUGCCCUGAUGCCUAGGGAAACUCAGGCCCUCAAGCAGAAGAUCCGGGACCAGUUGAAAGAGGAGGAGAUCAACAUCUAUCAGUUCCCAGAGUGUGACUCUGAUGAGGACGAAGAAUUCAAGAAGCAGAAUGAAGAAAUGAAGGAAAACAUCCCUUUCGCAGUCGUUGGUUCUUGUGAAGUGGUGAGAGAUGGAACCCGACCAGUGAGGGGACGCCGCUACUCCUGGGGUACUGUAGAGGUGGAAAAUCCACAUCACUGCGAUUUCCUAAACCUGAGGCGGAUGUUGGUGCAGACCCACCUUCAGGACUUGAAAGAGGUGACCCACGAUCUGCUCUACGAGGGCUACCGGGCUCGCUGCCUACAGAGUCUGGCUCGACCUGGGGCCCGGGAUCGAGCCAGUCGCAGCAAGCUUUCCCGGCAGAGCGCCACUGAGAUCCCGCUGCCCAUGUUGCCUCUGGCCGACACUGAGAAGUUGAUUCGCGAGAAGGAUGAAGAGCUGCGCCGCAUGCAAGAAAUGCUGGAGAAGAUGCAAGCCCAGAUGCAGCAGAGCCAGGCUCAGGGCGAGCAAUCAGAUGCGCUGUGAGAUCCUCACUGGAGCCUGUCCUAAGGUCUGCUCACCGCUAACCUGCAGUCCCCUCCUGGCUCCAGACUGCCCAGCGCCCAAUCCGGAGACCCAGAGGGUAGGCCCGCCCUUGCACUUAAACUAGGUCUCUCCAAUCCGGAAGGCCCGCCCGACUCCGCCUUCUGCACUGUUCUAAGAGGACCGCCCUCCAAACGCCUGCUGGCGGGUUCCACUUGGGUUUUCCUGUUCCUCCAAGUUCUCCAUCUAAUAAAAUAUGCUCCCCGCCUCCCCUA